AUCAGUUUAGACAAUUCUUCUCUUCCACAUCAGUCAAAGGAAACAAAAUGCUUUACUGCAGGUGCAUAGACUAGUCAGGUAUCAGCACAGCAGGAACUAGAGACAGUCUAAAAGAAUACAGUGCCUUUUGGUGAACAGCGUUUUGUGGGACAACUUUGGCAACAAAUGUAUUCAAGAGAUGAAUUCUCAAGCUGUCACAUUGUUGUUGCCGGUUGCCAUUUGGAAAGUGAGAAAAACAGAAGGCAAAUGAGGAGCUGAUGAAAACAAGAGGAUCCGUUGGGGAUGUCACAUGGAUAUAAACAAGGUAUUUAAUGUCUGUCUAAUGCUUCAGGGAACAAGAUUUAUGGAUGGAUUAAAAGGGACAUUCUGAGACAUCUUCCUCAAGUGGCUUUGAAACCAGAACAAAUGUUUGAUUAUGUUCUAGUUGGGGAUUGUACUGACAUCUGCUUCUUCUACAAGACCUAGCUAAGUAUUUACAUUUUGAAUGAGGGGCAAUUAAUAUUGAUAUUGUGGUGUAUUCUAAUAGGAGGUUAAAUGGUGCAGAUCACAGAGGACCCAGGUGGAGGUGGAGGGACCUUGUUAAAUGUUCAGCAGAAUGGGAUUGUCAGGGGUCGCAAAGAUGAGGAGUCGUCUAUAUUGUCGGAGACGGUCGCAGGCAAUGAAAAUGAGGAUCCUAAUGAGGGAGACAAUGAGGAAAGCGACUGUUACGACGAUGACGACGAUGAUGUCUAUCAGGAAUUUGAAGAGUUUGACUUUGACACAUUGCCAGAUCUGCCGAAUGAUACCAAGAGUAUUGACUCUGAUAACUCCUUCUAUCCACCCGAUGACUCUCUCAAAUACAGGACUCCCAGCCCAAACACCCCCGAACCUCUGUCCUUCUUCAAGGCCUGCUCCAAUAACAAUUCCAUCAUAGUGAAGAUUAUGAUAAGGCAAGGGGUGACAAAGGAGGAAGUGAAUGAAACAGACAAGAACAACAGAAAUGGGCUGAUAGUAGCCUGUUACAUGGGCUGGGUGGAUGUGGUCAUAUCGCUUUCUCAGUGUCCCCAUAUCGAUGUCAACUGGCAAGACAACGAGGGGAAUACAGCCCUCAUGACAGCUGCUCAAGCAGGCCACAUUAUGAUAUCCAGCUACUUGAUCAACUACUUCCCCAACCUGGACCUAGAGCGUAGGAACUGCCAUGGAUUCACCGCUUUGAUGAAGGCAGCCAUGCAAGGAAGGGCAGAUGUUGUUUGUUUGCUCAUGAUGUCAGGUGCGGAUGUGGAGGCGAGGGACUACAGCCGCAAGAUGACCUCCAGGGAGUGGGCUUUGUUCACAUGUCGCUAUGAGACUGGCUAUCUGAUGAUGCGUCUGAUGGCCCAGCCAUGCGCCCAGCAGUUCUGUGACUCUUACAAGCUGGAAUGGCCAAUGCUGCAGGAGCUAGUGGCCCAACGCCAGGAGUCCAAGAGCUGCUGGCAGAAGGUGGCAGACAAGGUCUGCUGCAGGUUCUCUCUCCGCAUGAAGACGGACCCCGUGGACGAUGGUGUGAUGGACCACAUGGUACGCAUCACUACCGCUCUGUCCAGCCCAUUGAUCGCCACCGCCUGCCACACUGUGGCCCCAAGAAGUCCCCCCUGCAUCGGGAAGCGGCGCUAUGCCGUGCCAGAGAUCCUCAGGAAGCAGCGAGUGGACGAACUGAAGUGCCUGGGCCCCGAGCACUUCAACAACAACAAGAAGCUGUUCAAUAACUCCCGGGUGCAGUUGGUUCCUAAGAAGAGGGACCGGAGGGCCAGCCUGCAGACCCAAAUGUUGCAAGAGGUUGCGGUGGCUGGUACUUCGGCUCUGAGGCGCACCAGCUUGCUGCCCCUGAACAUGAUGAGGAGGAGCAGUGUCAGGCCGGGCAUUGUGGUCCCCAAGGUGAGGCUGUGCAAGGUCCCCUCAUGGCCCAACCCUGAGAAGAGAAAAAAGAACAAGGACCCCGAGCUCCUCCAGCUCCCCAAGUGGAGGUACAAAGAGGCCAAGGAGGAGAGGAGGAGGCAAGAGGAAGAGGGGAAGAAGAGACGUUUACCCACAGUGAGGAUGCGCUGAAAGACUUGAGCUACGAGGAGAGGUCAAAUUGCUUUUCAAGAGCCUUGGGGUGCGAGCUAACCUUUAACUGUAAUUGGUUCUGAACUGAGGAGAUGAAGUUAUCACCAGCGUUUUAGAUUUUAAAGACUGUGCCACUUGAUUCAGCUGUAGCCAUGGAGCACUAUCUUUUCCUGUCCUAGAUUGGUUACUCUGUUUCUGGCUUUUGACAGUAAUGGGGAAGGAACACUUGGCUUGAACUGUGUACUCAUUGUGAGGAAUUAAUAAUUGAACUUUUAUGCAGAUGUGUUUUUGUAUGCAUUCUUCCAUUUUCUUCAGAUUAUGCAUUUCUCCAUUCAAUCUGCAUUUCUUCAGAUUAUGACUGUUUGAUAUCUCCAUUGUAAAAAGGAUAACUCAAACACAUACAACACUUUUGCACGUUGUUUAUUGUGUCAAUGUUUUGGUCAGAGACAUUUUCAUCUCCACCAAAAAAAAGGUAUGUUUGUCUGGUGGAUAUUCUCAAAGCAGAUAAUACACAAAUCAGUUGGAUGUAUGUACAGGUAACUGCCAAAAUAAAGUGUCUUAAUAGGGCGUUGGGCCACCACGAGCCAGAACAGCUUGAAUUCACCUUAGCAUAGAUUCUACAAGUGUCUGGAACUAUAUUGGAGGGAUGUGACACCAUUCUUCCAUGACAAAUUCCAUAAUUUGGUGUCGGUGGUGGAAAACGCUGUCUCAAGCUCCAGAAUCUCCCAUAAGUGUUCGAUUGGGUUGAGGUCUGGUGACUAAGUUUCUUUUUCUUCUAGACUGGUGACUAAGACAGCCAUGGCAUAUGGUUUACAUUGUUUUCAUGGUCAUCAACCCAUUCAGUGACGUCUCGCGCCCUGUGGAUGGGGGCAUUGUCAUUCUAUCGGUGAAUAGCCAUGGUAGCCAAAAUAACGGCCAGCAUUUUUAUACAUGACAGGAUGUUAAUAGCUUAAUUAACUCACCAACCACACCUAUGUGAGAGCUCUGCUUUCAAUAUAUACUACAUGAUCAAAGUAUGUGGACACCUGCUCGUUUAACAUCUCAUUCCAAAAUCAUGGGCAUUAAUAUGGAGUUGGUCCUCCCUCUGCUGCUAUAACAGCCUCCACUCUUCUGGGAAGGCUUUCCACUAGAUGUUGGAACAUUGCUGUGGGGACUUGCUUCCAUUCAGCCACAAGAGCAUUAGUUCUGUCGGGCACUGAUGUUGGGCGAUUGGACCUGACAUGCAGUCGGAGUUCCAAUUCAUCCAAAGGUGUUCGAUGGGGUUGAGGUCAGGGCUUUGUGCAGGCAGUCAAACCCAGAUUUGUUUGUCGGACUGCCAGAUGGUGAAGUGUGAUUCAUCACUUCAGAGAAUGAAUUUCCACUGCUCCAGAGUCCUAUGGCGUCGAGCUUUACACCACUCCAGCCAACGUUUGGCAUUGCACAUGGUGAUCUUAGGCUUGUGUACAGCUGCUUGGCCAUGGAAACCCAUUUCAUGAAGCUCCCGAAGAACAGUUAUUGUGCUGACGUUGCUUCCAGAGGCAGUUUAGGAAUUCGGUAGUGAGUGUUGCAACCGAGGACAGACGAUUUCUACACACUACGCACUUCACAAUAACAGCACUUACAGUUGACUGGGACAGCUCUAGCAGGGCAGACAUUUGAUGAACUGACUUGUUGGAAAGUUAGCAUCCUAUGACGAUGCCACAUUGAAAGUUACUGAGCUCUUCAGUAAGUCCAUUCUCCUGCCAGUGUUUGUCUGUGGAGAUUGCAUGGCGGUGUGCUCAAUUGUAUACACCUCUCAGCAACGGGUGUGGCUGAAAUAGCUGAAUCCACUAAUUUGAAGGGAUGUCCACAUACUUUGUAUAUAUAGUGUGCUGUAUAUCCCUCAUUUACCAAAGUGUUUCCUUUAUUUUGGCAGUUACCUGUAUAUCUCUGUUCUGAGUCUCACAAAUCACUGAACAGCACGCUAUAGAUUUACAGAAACAGGCAAUAGGCUCCUGCCCUAUUCUGGCUUGGACAAGGCUGCUUACUUUAUAUAUGGUGAUCUGAUGUGAUAAUGAAUAUAUAUUUACAUUUCACAGACACAUAUCCAGAGCGACAUAUGCAUACAUUUUCAUACUGGUCGCCUGUGGGAAUUGAACCCACAACCCUGGCGUUGCAAGCACCAUGUUCUACCAACUGAGCCUCACAUGACAUAUAAGAUAUAAGGAGAGGGUAGAUGAUAGCAAUUUCUACUGUAACACUGAAGGAGCAAAACAGAGUCUACUGCAGGGUAUUGGCAUUUCACCACAUAGAUAUCCCAGCAAACAUGUCCACAUUGGCAAGAUGUGGGCACAAUGCGGGCUAAAAUAUUGGCCCCAUGUAGGCUGCCCACAUUGGGUCGAUGCGCCUUUGCUAUUUAAUAGGAAUUUAUUUAUAAUGUAUUUAUGAAACUUUCAAUUCAAUACAUAAAUUGCAUAUUUUCAAGCCUCUAUUAGGAACAAGAUACAUUGUAUCAG